AUGCAAAACCCCCUCCACUCACCCCCUCUGCUUUUUUUUCUCCACCCAUCAGCGACCAAUAAAAAGCAGGCAGAGCUGCCGAUGCCUGAGUGCACGCUGAGAGGUAGAGACGGAGGCAGCGCUGAUGAGGAGCCAGACGAGUCAACAGUUGUUCUAGAUUUUAAUCACGUAGAGAGAUGCAAGGACUCCCUGUACAUGGGGACACCACCACGCGGGUUCACCGACACCAAACUGAAGAGGAUCUGCCAACGUUACGCUGACAGACCUCGCUAUGUGACCCUGUACGACCCCCAGAAGCGGAUUCCAGUUUACUCAGCUUAUACUUUCAAGAAAACAGAAGGAGACAGACGUGUGGACUACCCCUGGAUGUAUGAGCCACAGCUGGCAGAAGUUGAUGGGAAUGGAAACAUGCAGCCCUUCCCUACUGGCUACCUCCACAUGAAGUUUGAGGACAGCCAGGCAGUCCUGGAUGACUACUCUGAUGUGGUCUUGUAUGAGAGAGGUCACCUGAACCCGGACCAGCACCAGUCCACGCCACACGACCGUGCUGCCACCUACACUCUAACCAACGUGGUCCCAGAGAUACGCGAGUUCAACAUCGGGCCUUGGCGUGAGUAUGAGGAGCGGAUCCGGGUCCGCCUCAACAACUUCUGCCGGGGCACGGCCUACAUCGUGACCGGAGUGACCACCAGGGGCAACAUGAUCCGCAGAAACAACCAAGACCGCGUGGCCAUCCCCGAAGAUGUGUGGUCCGCUUACUGCUGCACUGACUACGACCGGAAUGCACCCCACGAUGUUCGCAUCCGCUUCCCGUCUUAUGGAGCCUUGGCCAAAAAUGCCAGAGAGGGCAACAGUGUGAACGAGAUGCCAGUGCUGGAGCUUGAGAUCUUUCUGAAAAAUAAUCUUGAUGUUGACCAGAACCUUCAGCUCUUUUAUGACAACUGCGUCUCUCCCUCACCCCUCCCUCUUUACCUCCAACAUACUAUCUGA